AUGAGCCGCCGCCUCCUGAGCCGACUCUCCAUAGACAAAGCCCUCCUCCACCUCCCCUCGCUCGCCAAAUUCUCUCUCUUCCUCCUCUCCCUCCUCCGCCGCCUCCUCUCCAAGUCCCUCCGUUUCAUGGACUCUCUCCUCUUUUCCAACGACGACGACGACGACGUAGUUCUCUCCACCUUCGACCACUCAUUCCUCCCCCCUUCCUUCUCCGACCCCGGCGAGUCCCUCUUCCUCGUCCCCUUCAGGUGGUGGAAGGAUGCCAUCUGCGGCGGUGGCGGUCCCGACGGCGCGGAUGGAUUAGGCGGCGUUUUGUACAAUGCGAUGGUGCAAUUGACCGGUGGUGGGGUGGGGGAUGGCUGGGCGGGAGAUUUUAUUGCGGGUUUUAGGGAUUCUGAGAUUUUGGUGGGUAUGAGGAGGGAAGGGGAGGCUGAGGCUAGUGGGGAAGAAGGGGUUUCUGGCGAAAGUGGGGAUUUGGCGUUGGUGUCUGAGUGGAUGUUCUUCACUGCUCUUAAAUGGCAUUUUGAUAGGGGGAAUGUGGAAAGUUCAUAUCCUGGAGGCGAUAGUGCACACGAUUUAUUCUCUUUGAAGAUUAGACUUUUAUUUAUGAGUGACGAAAGACAUUUGGUCAUUAAGAUUAGCGAAAAGGACAAUGAAGUUGGAGUUUUUAACAAAGCACGCAGCAUAUUUUGUUCGAAAUCUAGCUCGUUGUAUAUCUGGGACUUCUCAGGUCAGACAAACCAGUUAUUUGGUAUUGACACCAUGGAUUCAGAUCAACCAAAUGAGGAGGUUAGGUUAGAUUUAAAAGUCUAUGGCUUGCCCUCUACCACCAAUGACGACGAGAGGCGAAAUGGGUAUAUGCUAAUGGAGGAGUCUAUGAUUGGAAGUCCUUCGACCAGUUCGCCACAUAGGAUGAAUGGCUGUGUGGAUAAAGUGAAUAUGUUUUCCAGGCUUACGCCAGAAGUUGGUAGUGGCCCUUAUUGCACUGGUUCUUUGGGUUUGACUGGAUUGUAUAAUCUUGGAAAUACUUGUUUUAUGAACAGUGCUAUCCAGUGCUUGGUGCAUACUCCAAAGCUUGUUGAUUAUUUUCUAGCAAACUACCGGAGAGAUCUGAAUUGUGAAAAUCCACUGGGCAUGAAUGGAAAGCUUGCUAUAGCAUUCGGAGACUUACUAAGAAAGUUGUGGUCCCCUGGGGCCACACCUGUAGCUCCUAGGAUGUUCAAAUCUACUAUUGCUAGUUUUGCUCCCCAAUUUAGUGGGUACAACCAGCAUGAUUCCCAAGAAUUUCUUUCUUUUUUAUUGGAUGGACUCCAUGAAGAUCUCAACCAUGUGAAAACAAAACCUUACGUACAAGCGAAAGACGAAGAUGGUCGUCCUGAUGAUGAAGUAGCAGAUGAAUACUGGAAUAACCAUUUAUCUCGCAAUGAUUCAAUCAUUGUCGACCUAUGUCAAGGACAAUAUAGAUCAACGCUGGUUUGUCCCGUCUGCAAAAAGUUGUCCAUUACAUUUGAUCCAUUUAUGUACCUGUCGUUGCCUCUUCCUUGUUCAAAAUUGCGAACGAUGACUCUGACAGUCUUAAGCUCUGACGGGACUACAAUGCCACAUCCAGUUACAAUAAGAGUCCCAGAUGAUGGGACCCUCAAAGACCUCAUUGAGGCCUUGGGAAUAGCUUGUUCAUUAAGGGAAGAUGAAACACUAUUAAUUACUGAGAUAUUCGGUCACUCAAUCCUCCGGAUCCUGAACGACCCUGGUGAUUCAAUUGAGUUGAUCAGAGACUAUGACAAACUUGUUGCCUAUAGAUUGCCCAAAGAUAUGGAUGAAUCUUCUUUGGUUGUGUUUUUGCAUCAAGAGGGCAGAAUGAAGUUUGGCAUCCCUCUCGUGGCAAGGAUACCAAAUCCUUUUGAAGAGUCCGAUUUACGUAAACAAUUUCUUAACCUCAUUAAUCCAUUCUUACUGUCUGGUGAAGAGCUCUUGAAUGAUGAUGCCUCACAAAAGAUUACCCAUGAAGAUGAAUUGAUAGAUGAUGGAUUUUUCGAAGAGGCUUCAAUUUCUAACAACGAAAGUGAUUCAGAUGUUGUAUGUGACUUUGAGUUUUCUUUAGAGAGAAGCUCUUAUGUUCAUUUUAGCCCCAUCAAGUUACAGAUGGAUAUUCCUAUGACCAUGUCAAGUUCUGGUCGGCCAAUCCAAGUGCUUGUUUCUUGGCCAGAGAAAAUGGUUCGGAAUUAUGACACUGCGAUUCUGAGUUUAUUGCCCGAAGUUUGCAGAGGACUCGGUUCCAAGUACACUCAAGAUUCUAUUUCACUGUAUAGUUGUGUUGAUGCGUUCUUGAAGGAGGAGCCUCUUGGACCAGAAGACAUGUGGUAUUGCCCUAAUUGCAAGGAGCAUAGGCAGGCAAGCAAAAAGUUGGAUCUCUGGAGGUUACCAGAGAUUCUCGUCAUUCAUUUAAAAAGAUUUUCGUACACAAGAUUCUUGAAAAACAAGCUGGAAGCCUUUGUGGACUUCCCCAUUGAUGAGUUAGAUCUCUCUAAUUAUGUUAUUCGAAAGAAUAACACAGUUGGCCAUCGUUACACGUUGUUUGCCAUGAGUAACCACUAUGGUGGCAUGGGUGGUGGUCAUUAUACUGCAUUUGCUAAACAUAAGCUUGAUAGAUGGUAUGAGUUUGACGAUGGCCGUGUAAACCCUGUUACUGAGGAGCAGAUAAAGACACAAGCUGCUUAUGUCCUCUUCUACAAGAGAAUAUAG